AUGCCUCAUGCGGACUACAGGGCACUUGCUGUAGCCCGAACUAUAGAGAUCGCCCCGGCGGCCAGUCAGUAUAGAACUGCGCCGAGGCCGGCAAACACAAAUGGCGCAACCCAGUUCAGGCUCGCGAGUGUAUCAUCGGCGUACAAGGCCUCCGCCCGCAGUGCACAUGUAGCAGUUGAAAGCCGACCCAGUACGUUCUCUGUGUGCGCGGUCAACCGCAGUUUUGCGCCAAGGGCUUUACGGCGCGGGGUACGGUAA